GCAGGCCGCGACACCUUCCCAGUCGUCAGAUGUUCGCGUUUUUUAGAACGCCAUACUAAUGACGUCACGGCCGGGCGAAAACUACACAUGAAAGCCAAAAGAGGACAAAGCAUUCGCUGACAUUUAUUGAUUGGCUCGGUAGCUACGGAGGUGACCUCGCGCAAUAUUAACUAGCCCUCUCGCGAGAUGACGUCAUGCGUGACGAGUUUACUCACGUAGUGUAGAUUCAGUACAAACGGCUUGGGAAAUGGAUGGAUAUACUUUAUGUUCGGCAUACAGGUGCUGCAGAAGCUCGGAAAAGCAGACGAGACCAAAGACGAACAGUUUGAACAAGUUGUCAUCAACUUUAGGAGACAAGAGUGUGAAGGUUCGCGACUGCAGAGGGAGAUGAAGGCCUACAUGUCUGCAAUUAAAGGGAUGCAGCAGGCCUCCAUCAACUUGACCCAGUCCCUCCAUGAGGUCUACGAGCCGGACUGGCACGGAAAAGAUGAUGUCUUGACCAUCGGCAAGGACUGUGAUGCAUUGUGGGAAAACUUCCACAACAAAUUGGUGGACUCGACACUGCUAAAUCUCGACGCGUAUUUGCUACAGUUUCCUGACCUCAAGACUCGUGUGGCCAAAAGGAGCCGAAAACUCAUUGACUACGACAGCGCUCGUCAUCACGUCGAAACUUUGCAGACAUCUGGGAUGAAAAAUGACCGCAAGAUGCUCAAGGCUGAUGAGGAGCUCAGAAAGGCCCAGAGAGUGUUUGAUGAGCUCAACGCUGGUCUGCAGGAUCAACUUCCAACUCUUUGGGACAGUCGAGUUGGAUUUUACAUCAGCACUUUUAAGAGCGUGACGAGCCUAGAGGCCAGAUUUCACCGUGAGAUUUCUCUGGUGUGCAAGCAGCUGUAUGAAGUGAUGAUGCAACUUAGUGAACAACACGCUGACAAAAUGUUCACCAUCCAAGGAGCACCAAGUGAUUCGGGCCCGCUCCGGCUGGCUCGAACACCGUCUCCGCCAGAAUACGAAAGUCCACCUGAGAGUCCUGACGCCAGUUCCAAUCACAUGCUACGUCCAGUCUCUCCAGGACCUCCGCGCCCCAAAUCUCCAAUGCAGAUGAAAAAGGGACCCCCAGUGCCUCCGCCCCCCAAAGUCACGCCUUCCAAGGAGGUGGUGGUGGAGGAGCAAAUCAUUGACCUGUUUGGAGGAGAAUUUUUACCAGCACCAUCAGCACUGCAGCCCAACGAGAGGCCAGGAGAAUCUCUCCUCGAUAUGGAUUUCGACGCCUUCCAACCAGAUGAAAGUGUGUCGCCGGUACCGCAGACUGCUGUACCUUGGGAUACGUGGUCGGCUUCAGAAAGCGGCUUUGUCGCCGACUGGUCAGCUGACUUUGGUUCAGUGGCCACCGACGGAGAAGCUGCCCCAGGGGAGGCCGCUACAGGACCUCCAGAACGGACAGAGCAAGGGGAUCAAGGGGGCGAAGGAGAUAGAGUCACAUCUCCUCCUCCACUCACUCCUUCUACCAAGGACAGUGAGGAAGCAGAGGAUGAGGCCUCAGAGAUGGUGAAUCCUGCACCUCCUGCUGGUGAAGAACCCCUCCCGGUGCAACCUGCUGCUGAGGAAAAUACAGGAGUGAGUCCUGGCUCUCCAGUGGAAGAAAAGCCUUCAGAUCUGGAUUCAGUUCCAGUAGAGAAGAAGCAAAGUCCUACGGAUGAGACUCCGGAAAGCAUGGCGAUCCCAUCGGUAGUAAUUGAGCCCGCCUCCAGCAAUGAAGGUGAUGACGAUCGUGACACAGACAUCAUCUCGCCCUCCGCUAUCGGCGACAACGGUGGAGUGGCUGACAAAUCCCCAAUCAAACCCACGAGCUCGUCUCCCGGGGGACUACCUGAUGACUUCCUGUACAAGGUGGAGACUAUGCAUGACUUUGAGGCAGCAAACAGCGAUGAGCUGGACCUGAAGCAAGGGGAUGUGGUUUUGGUUGUUCCCACUGCCUCAGUGGAGGAUCAGGAAGCUGGCUGGCUGACAGGUUUCAAGCAAAGUGACUGGACGAUGCUGGGAAUAGGAGCUCAGAAGGGACUUUUCCCAGAAAACUUUACACAGCGUUUGGAGUGAGAAGCCUUCCCACUCGCAUGUGCAUAAUGCCUUCUAAUUUACUGUUGGAGUUUUCCCAGGCUCAUGAUCAAAACAAAAUAGGGACAAGUAUUUGUGAGCAUGUUCCCAUCAAAAUCAGGUAUAAAUCGUUACUGAAGACAAACAAAAAGUACUGUAUUUUGUCCCCUAAAAGUAUAACACGAACAUAAACACUAGUCACAAUUUCCUUUUUUUAAGGUACCAUUUAUGUGUUGUAUUGCAUCACGUUUAUUUGUGCAACUGUGUGCAAAGUAUACUUGGUGAGUUUAGUGUGGCAACAAGUAGUAACCCUUAAAAAAUAUUGUCAAAAGUUGUCAUUGUUAUUGAAAUGUGCACAAGAAAUGUAGAAUUGAAAUAUUUUAAGGGAAAACAUUCAUCAAAAGGCAAGAUAGAGGGAUCAGAGAGGAAGACAAUAUUCAACAUAUGCAGAAAAUGAUAUUAGAUGCUAACCCUUGUCAAAAUAAAGAUGUUUCCAGAAAGUU